GAAGCAGGAGCGCAGCCAUCCGGCAAGUGGAAGCCGUCUCUCCGCCCCGCAGCUGCGGGGACGACGGUUCCACCAGUUGGGCCCCCGAUAGUAGUACAACCUUGUGCAGCAACAUCCGGCUCGCCAGAAUCGCCACCACCGGCAGUGGUCGCAGCUCCCAAGGAAAUUCUGAGCACAGGACCUGGAAGUAGUUGCUCUGCAGCAGCAGUGGCGUCCUCUGCAGUGGCUCCCGCACAGCUGCAAGAGACGCAGCGAAAAAAGCUCCUUCAGCCCGGUCGCGUUCUUCAAAAAGACACUUCAUCCGGUUUUCAGAGAGGACAAACAGCUCCCGGAGGAUCUAAUGAUGUUGUAAGCAAGAAACACCAGCAGCCGAUCGGCGCCGCUCCGAGUAGAGUCGCAAAUUCGACCUCCCUGUCCACCGCAAUCUCGUCCCCGGGAGCCGUCUACGUUCCCAUGACCAAGAAACAGAAGCAGGACCACGAAAAGCAGGUCAUUCGGGAGCUGAUCCUGGAAAUAGAAACGGACACCGCGUGGGAUGCUGUGGUCGAACAUGAAAACAACGACCCGGGGAAAUUUCUGGAGACGAUCAAGACGGCAAGUGGUUCGAUUGCGGUGCAAAGGAAGUUGCAGCAAUAUUCGGAAAUGAUUUGCACGGAGGCGGUUUUGCAAAUCGUGGUCGACGUGGAGAUGGAAAAUGGUGGAGCGACAACCAGUACCAGUGUGGCAGUCUUUCCAGGAGUAGCGGAGAACGAGAAUGAAAUCUUGGCUACAGAUGCUGCUGCUGAUCAUGACAUGAAAGCUGAAGAAGAAGGGGCAGGUAAAAAUCCUGUCGAGACACGGUCUGAAUCAUCUGAAGCAAAGUGUAUCGAAGAAGCGGAGGACGAUGCAAAAACGACGAGCACAGCGACGACCACGACAAUGCCCUGUUAUGAAAAUCGUGAUGUCGACAUGACGGCAGCGCCUGUGGAUCUGCUAUCAACAACUGGAAUUGCAACUACAACAGUUGCAGCGGCCUUUGAAGUAGAUGAGGAUCCGAUACCAGAACUCGCAAAUCUCGCGAUCUCAAAUCGUCAGACGCAAGAAGAAGGAGCAUCCUCACCGCCACAAGCUGCAGGAGCUGCCUCCAGUAGCUCACCUUACGAACCCGACCGUCCGAGCCCGAUUCCGGGUUUCGGCGCCGCAUUUUUCCAUCCGACCAACCGCCGAAACAGUCACCGAAACACGUAUUUUGGAGGUCCAGCGCUAUGCAUUGCAAUAGCAUCGUACUAGUAUAAAUGCGUUACAAAUUUCCUCAGCACGAGAGAUGAAAUUUGUAAUGCGAAUUUGCCUCAAGAAAAAGAUUUGCAACGCAUGAUUGCGAGAACUACUACGAGUACUGCGAUGCUUUUGCAGUGCAUAAGCGCCGGGCUACGACAAUCAGGAAGAAAGUUCCUCCUCCAGCGGUUGCUCUCCCGGUUGCAGUCGGGACACACUGCGUUCGUCACAGGACUCGUUGCGGAAAGGAAGCAGGGUGUCGCAAUUGGCGAUGGUGGAUGAUGAUGAGCCGGACGUGGAAGACGGUAACGACGACGUAGGACAGCAGCAAGAAGAUCAACAAAAAACCGCCGACAGCACCGCGGCGCAAGUAGUUCAUCAUCAUCUCCAUGAGGACCUACUAGUACCCGUAGUUGAUGUUCCGGAGUUUGGUGAUACGGGAGUUGUGGUCCGUGAAAAAUCUGACCCCUUUGUCUCGCCGGAGAACACAUCUGCCAAAAGCGCGACCGGUGAGGUGGUGGUGGACACCAGUCCUGCCUUGAACAAAUCACAGUCAGACAUUAACCGGUUUUUCUUUUUCUCCCCCUGCAAUUCGAACGCAGAAGGAGGUGAGAGAGCUGCAGCGUCUUCUUCUUCAACAGGAGCAGGUGGGCAUCAAAAUGUGAUUGAGGCGCCAGCUACUUCUCCAACAUCAAUUCGUAACGAAAAAUCGGACUGCAGUCUAUUAGGUGCAGCAGCAGCACCUCCACCAUCGUCUAUCGAGAAGGAAGAACCUGCAACACGACAGGAUCAGCAGGAGCUCGACGCGCGGCGGUCCUUUCACGCCGACGCUGCCGCCAUUGCUGAGAUGUUCGGGGAGCCGAUGUAUGAAGAUAGCGUGAUGGAGGGGGAUACGCCGACGCCGGUGUUUGUUGAUGCAAGAGAUGUAGAACAACUACAACCAAUGCAAGAAGACGAGGCCUCUGAAGACGCCGCGCCGGUAGAACAAGAUGAUGGAAUGGAAAUGGAGGAAACUACAGAUGCUGACACAGCAGGUGACCAGCAAGCUGCACCACUCUGCUUGCCACUCCACCCGGAGAGAGAGCAAGAGGCAAACUACAUACCAGCAGCAACCGUUUCAGUAUCUCCUCUUGGUUCAUGCGGUGACGCCUUUUUUGCAAUUGCAGCAACAGAAACUGCUGCUGCCGCACAGCAGUUGUCACCGAUACAGCACCCUCAAGACGUCGCUUUACCCCCGCAAGAAGAAGAACCCGCUGUCCUUCAGCAAAAAACCGUAUCGGGUCGUUGGGCGGAUUUGUGUGACUCCAGUCCGGACGCAGCAGUUAGAGCAACAAGCAGCUCGACGGCCGGCUCUUCACCACUGCAUGACGUGCAGCAAAAAGUCUACGAUGUGGAAUCUUUGGUAAAAGGACCGCCCUUGCUGCCGGAACAACAGUUUCUGAAAUCGCUCCUCCAGCUGUUCAAAACGUACCCUGAGUUAAUUUGGUACAGCCUGGGAGAUAUGAAAUGCAAAAGCAUGAUCGUACUACUUAGUACAAAUCGCAUGACAAAUUUCCUCAGCAUGAGAAAUGAAAUUUGUAAUGCGGAUUUAACUUUAGAAAGAAAUUUGUAAUGCAUGAAUGCCAUUCGUACGAGUGCGAUACUUUUGCACAGGAUAGGAGACUGGGAAGCGAAUCGGGUGCUUGACAUGCUGAUUGAGAAGUUCGACUUCGUUUGGCUCUUCAUCGUAAACCAGUAUCCACAGAAGAAAAACCCAUCCGCAUCCAAUUGGUCAUGCAAAAAACGCAUAAAGUCUUGUGUUUGUCGUGCAAAAAAUGGAUGUUGAUGGGUUUUUUUUCUGUGGAUAGCAAGCUGAUACAAUACCACGACAACUUUGUUCACAGCAAACCGAUAGGAGGAGGUGGUGAAAACAAUGAAUUUCUACCCGGGAGGAAGUUUUCCAGCACUUUGCAAAAAUACUUCAACCGUGGCUCCUCUUCCGUGAAAGGUCGCCCCUGGGAAAAGGUCGCGGUGAGGACUUUUCUCCGGAUCUUUUGGCGGUACGGCAAUUGGGUGGUGAAGACGAAUGAAGCCGUGUCCGAGCCCUUUUCCCGGGCGCAGUUGCAGACAAAGCAUGGGUUGGUUUUGGAGAAAUUGCAACUGUUGGUCCACUUGUACUUACCGCAUCUAGGCUUGAAAAGGUUCUACGCGGACGAGGACAACUCGGGAAUGUUUUACAAAGGGAACAAAGGGUCUGGUGGUCGGGGUGAUCCGAGGAAUAAAUUCCUUUUGUCCUCUAGAGCGAUUAACCACCAGCAGAACUCGGCCAUGUUUAUGCUAUCAAAUGCAAAAAUGUCUGGUUCUGGAAGAAUGCAUGUUUGUCAUGCUUGUCUGGCAUGACUCUUAAAUCUGUCAUGCACGUUACGCAAGAGCUGCGCUUUUCUGUGAUGCAGAAGCGCAGUUUGUCAUGCAGAAUAGGCAACACGUAGGAGCUCAGAAACUUGUCAUGCUGAGCCAGCAUUUGUAGCCUCAUGAUGAGACGCUACCCAGCAUCACAAGUUCCCAGACCCAGACAUUUUUACAUUUGAUACAUGUACGUCUUGCGCUAUUUGUAUGACACAAAUAACUCAACCAAACUCAAAAUACCAUGGGGGAUCGAAAGAAAAAUUUUGACUAGGGCAAAACAGAACUACAAGGCGCUUGUGAAGCGAGCCACUUUGCAGUCUGUCGAUUGAUUGCGCGAGCUAGAUAGGGCACUACUGCAUGGCGAAAGAAGCCCGGAAGUGGACUCUCCCGGUCCAAGGAUUCGUCUGCAUUUUUAUAGAUCAAGAGAAGCUGAAGCCUGGCGGCGACAGGCGUUAUGCAAAGCAUCGCCAGGGGGGGUUGGCUAUUUUCCUGCAUGGGGAUGCUUUUUUUCUCAAAGACCGAUGGUGCGAGGCCUUUGAAAAUCUCCAGCGGAUGGGGAUCGCUGACGGGGGAUCUCCCGUAGCGGAAGCAUUUCAAAAAACUGCGGGGCAUCUUUCCCACCAGAGAAUCUCAACAAACCGAAUUCGUGGACCAAAAGAGCCCACUUCAGGAGGGCUCCUUUCACCACGCAAAAGCGCCUUAUCUAGCGCCCUUGUUGAGUGGCUACAUGGCUUUAGGCGCUCAACUAUUUGCAUUGCAAAAACAAGCACACCUCUCAGCUAAUUUUUUUUGCUUUAUGGGGCAUGGUAAAAUGCCUUUGGUUGAGUUAUGUGUGUCAUAAUUUGCUACAGAAAUCCACCCCGAUCAACGAGAUCAUCGAAUUAUGCAGUGCAAAUAUGUCUGGGUCUGGAUGGAUGGAAGAUGUAAUGUUGUUUGUGAAACCUACAACUAUCUGUGUUGCAUGAGCAGCAAGAGGAGUCCAGCUCUUGGAACGUGGAGCGGGCAUUUCUCAUGCGUGAUAAGCAUCAAGAAGCCCUGUAAAAAUCUGUGAUGCUAGGAUCUGCAUUACAGACCUUACGGGUCAUGCAAAAUGUGCAUGACAAACCCCGACUCUUCCAGACCCAGACAUAUUUGCAGUUGAUACGAAUCCGCGAAAGUGUUUGAAAGGGCGUUUGCAAGGAAAGUAGCCGCAGGGUACGUUUCGCCCACAGGAGCUGCGGGCUCUUCUUCUUCCUCUCCUGCAACUGCAUCAUCCGCUGGAGCAGCAGCAGGUCCUCUCUCUGCAUCGUCCCCAACAACACUCUCUGUCGUUGAGAAAAGCAACUCGCUGCAAAGGUUUAUCAAUGACCACUUCGAGAUUCAGGUCCGCGAUAGCGAUGUGAGGAUCCGCGCCAUUGCCGUGCCAGAACCGAGUGAGAAAAUGAUCGCGCGAGUGAAAGACUUAGUAAAUCCUAGUUCCUGGUGGAAUUUCUACGGUCAGAAUGACGAGAAGGUCUUUCUGCAGAGAAUCGAGGAGCAGCGGGAAAAACAAGGGUUGCUGCAGCAACAGAGUCAGACGAAGCAGCUGCGAGAAAUGAUGAAUAAUUUGGUUCUUGCAGAUGGUGAUGGUGCUGCAGGGAGGGCCACGACAAUUUCGAGUAGUACCACCACAACGCAUGAGCUGCAGCCGCAUCAGCAACAGCCGGGAGCCACGGGACAGCCAUCGCUGCAACCGGGACCGCAAGUAGAUGAAUCGCGUGUUGCGAAAGAUGUAGUUAUGACGGAUCAACAAAGGUGCCAACCACAACCGUUGCUGGCUGCGGCUGUCCCUGGUGUCGGUGUGGUGUCACAAACAGUUGCUCCCUCUGGGCAACGACAUCAACCGCCUCCAACCACUUCUGAAAUCGCGUUCGCAGCGCAGAUCGACAUUAAAUCUCUGCUAUCAACUGCAAAAGUAUCGCACUCGUAUAAAUGCAUUACAAAUAAUCUCCUCAGCGUGAGAAAUGAAAUUUGUAAUGCUGAUUUACCUUAAUGCAAAGAUUUGCAAUGCAUGAUUGCAAUACGAGUGCGAUACUUUUGCACGGGAUAUCUGCGCGCCGCGAUGCGCGGACGGGGUGACUAUGACAAAGUGACGGAAUUCACGCACGGUGGUAUCCUGUGUAAAAGCCCCCCGCUCCAGAGUUGUAAUGCAAAUCUGCAUGCUUAAAAUGUUUCUCAUGCGGGGACCCAUGAGAGGCGUUUUCUUUUGGUGAGUUGAGAUUUGUCAUGCUCGAAUCAGCAUAACAAACUGGAUCUGUGACGCUGCUGCACUAGCUAAACACGACUACACUGCGACCCCGAAUUUGUUAUGCGCGACAGCCAAAACUUUGGGAUUUGUGUAGCAGAUUUCCCAUCUUCACUAUGGGAUGGGGACGUUUUUGGUCAGGAAAGGUGGGGCGAGAACUUUACCCCAACCGGAUGUGGAGGUUUUGUCGAAGGUGUUUCGAUAUCCUGUGCAAAAGUAUCGUACUCGUAGUAAUCGCAGUUAUGCAUCACAAAUCUACAUGCUAAGGUAGAUCAGCAUGACAAAUUCCAUUUGUGAUGCUGAGCUAAUUUGUAUUUCAAUACUACGACUACGAUACUUUUGCACAGGAUAUUCGACCGUUGGCUGGGGAAAUUGUGAAGAUGAUGUUCUUUCAAGACAAGCAGGAGGACAAAAAUUCUUUUGCUGCGUCAGGAAAUGCAGGUGCAGGAACAACUUCAUCGCCCUCUGGCACAACUACCGGGACUUCGUCGCGGACAAAAAUCCUCCUGAGUAACCAAGUACGGCAUGGCGGAAAAUCGGGAAGGGAGUCCUCCUCUACUCUGUUGCAGCUCCCACUUGGACCACAACAAGCUUCUACGCAGCAGCACGCAGCAACAAGCGGAAUUACUGCAAUGGAAAUGUACGACCCGGGUAGUAUGCCAAUGGCGAUGUUUUCCCCGGUUGGUGGAUCAUUCCCCAUGACUGCCGCUCCUGCAGUGGGUAAUUUUGGAUUCGGUAUGAUGGAAGAUUUUUAUCCUGAAGAAGGAUCCGGUGGUGGCAGCGGGAUGAAAAAGUCCACCCGAUCAUCGGGAAAUAAGCGAGGUGGAGCUGGUGCGCGGGGGAAAAGAAGUAAGUGGGGGAUGAGUGCAACUGAUUGGACUGGUGCUGGUUGGGGUAGUAAUUGGGACUACGCGGAUUGGAGUAAAUGGUACUACGACCGGUUAUCCAGGACGAAAAAACACCGAUCCACAUCCAAUUUUUACAUGACAAAUAGUGGAUUUUACGUAUGUUUGCCAUGACAAAUUUGAUGGCGAUAAGUGUUAUUUCCUGGAUACCGUUACGGAAAUUUCUACAAAUACGGACCUGACGAGCAUGAGGAGCAGCAAAUAGCUCACACUGUGAGCCAAAGAUCCGCCGCGUCUGCCUUUUCGGAUGUGUCCGCUCCGACAGAUAGUUCUGCUGUGGCUGCGACAGAAGGAGGUGGUGAAGAGACGAGGAACAAAAAGCAAAACAAGAAUCCUCAGCCUUCAUCUACCACUGCUACGACCGCGUCAAAAAAACGCGACAGGAACAAGCGGAAUAAAUCUGAAGUGUUGAAUAACCAGCUGCGGUCCACCUCUCAACUUGGAGAUGCAGACCGGCCCCAAGAGGAAACCGAAACGACGAAACGCAGUCUCUUGCGGAGUCACACGUUGCCGGCACACCAGAGUGCAGCUACGUCUUCCAGCAGCGGUGCAGCUGCUGCGUCCACCGGUGAAGAAGCUGCUCUUGCUUCCACUCUGGCCUCGUCCUCGACAGAAGCUAAUUCUGCUGGCCAACGUCAGAGGACUACUGACGCGACUGCAACUGCGCCUGCAUCCUCGUCUACUUCGCCCCAGACUGUGACCGACCAAGUCGUGAACCAAGAACAACCACCGGAACAAGGACAGGCUGUGAUAGGUACGCAACAGAAUAAGAAUAUCCCCUAUCACACCCGCAACACAUUCGUCGAGGUUUCCACGCCCGAUAACACGGGGACGAGUCCGAUGUUCAUUAAGGAGCUGCUACAGGCCCCGAGAGGGAGUUCCUUUCCAUGAAGUAGAAGUACUGCGGUCUUGCUUUAGCCGUUUUUUGGUCAGUAAUUUUGAUCCAACUUGAUAUUGACUCUGUGUAAAUGUCCGCCUCGUCGUUGAUAGUCACACAAAUGCGCCGACUCUUGCUCCUGCUUUUGGGUCUUUCAAAGUUGACAUGGACGCUGCAUCAAUCCGAAGCCCGCGGCCAAAAAUAAGCAUUGCGUGUGACUACUACUUUUCGUCGAAAUAUAAUAACCAUUCAAGAAAAAUACAACUUAUACGUACCGCUUUUUGAUCUUUGGCUUUUUGAUUCGGUUGGGAACUUUCAUUUUUUUUUGUUUGUAUCACGUAGUUAGUAUGCUCUGAGUCCUCUUAUUGCAGUUUCGGCUGUAUUUUAUGUUUACCAUUUUUUUGGUCUGCUUGUUGUCGUGUCAGAGCAAAAAUUUUCUACAAAUGUUUCGUGGUCUACUGUUUGUGAAAAAGAAAAUGGCGACUAAAAAAAAAAUGAUGCAUUGCUUACAGGAAUAAAGACCCUCGUAGCUGCCUCUAUCUUGUCAGGCAAGUUUUCAUGGUGCUCCCGCUUGACAAAAUUGACCCCAAACGCAAAGCUUGAUUUUUUUUGUCGUGCCAGUUUACUCGUAGAGAAACUCGAGGUCGUCUACCGCGACGAUCUCGAGGAGUUCUAUCACUACCAAAUGGCCCC